CUUAGAAUUUAAUUGAAAUUUUAUAAUUUUUAGUGGUUUUCAUAUUUCAAUGUCUGAAGGGCUAGUCGGGCAGAAAUGCAAUUUUCACAAGCUAUUACGAUUCAAGAUUGUCAAGACAAGAAGUCAGGAGAGAGUACCGUCAACAAAGAGUCGAGAAAAAAAAGACUCUUUCUCAGAGAUCAGAAAUCAAUUUUUUAGUACUUUUGGAGGUUCUUCAACGGAUAACACUCAAAAAAGAUUUCCUUAUGUGGAUAAAAAGGAUAUUUUUGAGUACCAAAGUGGACUUCAAGCUCAUAAAAACUUUCUCAGGAUGAUCUCGAAGAAACUAAAGUUUAAGAAAAACUCAAGCUCAUCCCCAGUGAUGACUGAUACAAAGACGAAAGAGAAAGUAGAGCAAUUCUUGACUUCAAAGGAUCCCAAGCCAUCUCAAAAUAUGCAGAGAGAAGUCAAUGCAUCUGAGAUCUACAAGCAAGAGAAUCAUAAUGAAUCUGUAGCAAAGAUCAGGAAAAGGCUCCAUAAAAAGUACAAGCUUGCCCCACUAUUUGCAAAUAGUACCUUUUAUAUUAAAGAUGAGUGUCCUAUUAAGACUGUUGAAAUUAAAAGAAGAAUUGAGCCUUAUGAUUCAGAGGAUAAUAGUACCAGAGAGCUAGGAAUCAAUACUGUCGAUCAAAACAUCAGCCCAGAGUCAAAUAAAAUAGUGUAUAGGAAAAGAAAGAAAUAACUUGCUACAAGCUAGAGCUAAUAAUAGGUCUCAUUUUAAGAAGCUAUCUUCUAAAGGGCAUUUUAGGAAGGGAUACUCGAGGAUGAUCUUACCAAACUCUUGAGAUAAAUAAAUCAUAUACCAAAAUUUUCAGCUCCUUUGCAUCGACAAGAAAUAGUGCCCCUUCUACUAGGAGUAUUGACCAUAGUAAUAUUGACAUAAAAGAAAAGAAAGAUAUCAGUGCUAUACUGCCUGAAGAAUGAGUUAAUUCACAUUUAUUGCCAGAAAACUCAGAUGAUUGCGACUCCAAAUAAAAAUCUUUUUAUAAAAAUCUCAGACCAAGAAAAACAAGAAGACAAAUAACCUCAACCCCCAUAACUGUUCCAUAAGGUUCACAUCUCUCCCAGCUUCCAAAUCCCCAAAAUACUACCAAAAUGCCAAAACUCCCCCUUCAAACCCUCCUCACAACCUGCAAAUCUGUGGCACAAAAUCCCAUUUUCAUCCUUCUAAAAGGCCAACUUUUAUUCCUAUUCUGGGUCUUCAUCCAAAGAGUCCUUCACGUCAGACUUUCUGUAGUCUCCAGAAGCCCUUAAUGCAUAUCACAAGGGCGCAGGUCAGGAAGACUCAGAAUCCGAAUAAGACUCAGUAUAAGAAGAGGCCCAAGACAGAGCAGUUCCAUUACUUUAAUGUUAAGGUUAAGAUUAAUAAGCAUAAGACAUUCCAUUAA